UGUGAGGCGUGGGAGCGCACGUCUCCUCAAGACAUCUAAGCCUAACGAGCUAUCGGUUACAUAAGCAAAAGCGGAAAUCAGUCAGUUCAAUGAAGCAUCCUGAAGGCACUGAUCACUUGGAACGCUAAAGAGGGGAUAAUCGGAUCUCAUCAUCGCCGUAUGAAUAAAAGUUUGCAAGCCAUUAGGCAUGAUGGGAAAUUCUGGGGCCAUGCUGAUUUUGACCUUUAUCGCCACUUUAAUAUCACAAGCAGCAGGUGUCAGUCCCCCAGGUAAGCCCAGACUCACGAGCUGUCGCUCUCCAGAAAAGGAGACGUUUACCUGCUGGUGGGAGCCGGGAGAUGAUGGAGGCUUGCGCACCACCUACGCCCUGUACUACCACCUUGAAAACUCAGAGACGGUCUAUGAGUGCCCGGAUUAUAAAACUGCAGGAGAGAACUCAUGUUUCUUCAGCAAAAAUGACACAUCUUUGUGGGUCAACUACAACAUCACAGUGGUGGCCAACAACGCCCUGGGGAAGAACAUUUCAGACCCCGUGGAGGUGGACGUGGUCUAUAUAGUUCAACCCAACACUCCAGAGAACGUCACCACUGUAGUGGUUCAUGAAGACCAGGAUCCAUUUGUGAGAGUGUCCUGGGAGAAACCACGAACCGCAGACACCCGUUCGGGGUGGAUCACGCUAGUUUACCAACUACGAGUUAAACAAGAAAAAGAUAAAGAAUGGGAGGAAUAUGAUGCUGGCAUGCAGAAGUACUAUAACGUGUUCAGUCUUCACCCCGGUAAAGAAUACAUGGUGCAAGUGCGAUGCAAACCUGAUCAUGGGUUCUGGAGUGAGUGGACUCAAACCACCUACGUCAAAAUGCCUGACUAUAUAGCCAGAGAGCGCUCACUGUGGAUCAUGAUCACCAUUUUCUCUGUCUUCAUUGUCAUUGUCCUUACCUGGACCCUGAACAUGAAGAGAAACAGUGUGAAGCUGUGUUUGCUGCCUCCUGUGCCUGGACCAAAAAUCAAAGGAUUCGACAAACAGCUGCUAAAGAGCGGGAAGUCAGAGGAAGUUUUCAAUGCUCUGGUCAUACAGGGUUUCCCUCCAACCACCGAUUAUGACGACUUGUUGGUAGAGUAUCUUGAGGUCUACGACAACGAGGAACAGCAGUUGGUGCUGGAUGGAAAAGAUGUAUCAGAAGGCAUAAAGUCCAAAAGCCCAUCGGACAGCGACUCCGGCAGGGGCAGCUGUGACAGUCGCACACUGCUUCUGGAGAAAUGCAUAGAUGGACGGGAAUUAGCCAGAACUGACCAGCAGCAGUACAGCCAGCAUGGAGAAACAAGCUGGGCAUCUAUGGAGAGCAGUGAAAGCCAGGAUCCUGAACCUGGUUCUCCGGAAUCAGUCGAUGGACGCGUCAAGACGUGGCCCGUUGUGUUCUCCUCUCCUCAAUCACAACCUCACCAGCACUACCAAGUAGAAGCUGCCAAACCAGCGUACCACAGCGUCCCGGAGAUUCUCAGCAUCUCUACACCAUGUGCAAAACCAAGCAACUACCACCAGCUCCAACAUCAAGACAUCCCACCACAUGAAAGCCAUUUCAGCAAGCCACCCUGCCGACAUUCCCAAAGCUACAACCAAUUCAACCUGGACAGCAAUGAACAUAAGGUGGAAACUCAGGCCGCUAGCAUACCACCAUCACGUUCCUUGGAAUACGUUGAGGUACAGAGGGUGAACCCUGAGUAUAUGCUCCUCCUAAGGCCUCUUUCCGACCACAACCGUGAACUUGAGAGUUCUGAUCGCACUGGGGAGGACUACAGCAAGGUCAAAGAGGUGACAUCAAACAAUAUGCUAUUACUGCAGAGAGAAAUGUCUCCUCAGUGCCUGGACGAUUACAGUCAGGAUUUUGACAGCCAGGCAGAUCAAUGCCUAACUCAACAACAACAACAGCUUCACACUUGCAAACCUGGCAUCCACCAAUCGUACAGUCUGAUGCCACAGGAGGGAAUGAGGCUGAUGGGAAAUGGUUAUGUGGACUCAACAAUCUUGAUGCCGUCCUACUAGCACAUAACCGUCCAAUGCCCUGAAUGCGACAAAAACAAUAAGCUGACCAUGAAAUUCAAAACUAUUGAGGUUUUCAUAUCAGUCAGACAGAAGACUGACAACAAGCUCAAACCAAGCCCUCAAAGAAGCGAUUUGCUCCUUUCCAGCUCUUGAGGUUUAAUAAUUAUUUUUUUAAAUAUUUAUACAAAUUAUAUUUACUUUUAAGAGAUAAGAUUAUACUUAAGCAUAAAGAGUGGUCUUGUUUGAGAUCUGGACAAGUCUUUGUCCUGUAAACAGUUUUGUGUGUUGAAAAAAGCUGUGAUAUGCGAUCACUGUGAAAAUGACCUCCACAUGCUUCUAUCUGUGGGUUUGUCAUAUACAAAACCAAAUGAAGCCACCGAUUUAGUUUUACAGAUGUACUUUGAUGUAGAAGUGGCACUUAAUACACCACAUUUUUGCUUUCUUUAUAUGUGAAAGAAUUAUUUUGAAAUCAAAGUCUUUAAAGUCUACAUGAAAUCAAAAUUUACCCCAUUUAGUUUCAUUAAACACUUUUCCGGUCUUGUAUGCGAUUCAUCGAUGCACGCAAUUCCAAAGAAUUUGGCUCCGUCUCUGAAACAGAUUUUCAUUUCUGCUGACAUCAGCUAGGCCUCCAAACUUUUGGAUAACAUUUACUAACAGCCAAAUAGCCACUGCAUGUAGAUAUUGUUUUAGUAAACUUGCCUUCAUGUCUGGCUCCAUUCUGGUACAUCAUGCCCACUUGUCACAAUCCAAUCAAUUCCUAAUGGAUAGAAUCUGUUUCGUCCUACAUUUCUUUUCCUUAUUGAAAGUCUUGUUUCAAUUAGAAAUAUGUCAUAUUACAGAAGUAAAAUGGCUUGCAAGUACAGUUUCAUGUUGACUUUAUUAAUGUUAUGAGAUUUGAAAACUUAGCACUUAGCAUAGUUGCGCUCAGCAAUCCACUAUGCAUUAUGUUAUUGUAAAUGUAUUGUUCAUCAUGGCACUGUUACGUGUUCGAAACCACAGUUUUGUUUUUUUUUAUACGAUUAUUCACUCGUAGACUAAAAACAGCGGUCAGUUGCUAUAAUGUACAUGGAAUAUUUUAUAUACAUAUUUGUUGAGUAUUGCCAAAACCUACUCCCAGUAUCAAGUUUAUGCUUGGUGGGGUUCAAUAUUCACUCCAUAUUUAAACACAUUUUUACGCAUAAUUACAAUUACCUGAAACUUCCAGUAUGCAUAUUAUAUAAACAAGAGAGCAUUCUUUGCCAUUCAAGUUGGUUUAAUCCUAUUGCAAUCCUAAUGUUAUUCAUUUUGUGAAACAAAUUUCAGUCCAUUCUAAAACAUUGUAUAAUCUCAGCCAUACAGUCUAAAAUAUGUCAUUAUGGAUUAAUGUUACACUAAUGCAAAAGUGAAUACAUGAAAAGGGAUUUGAACUGAUUGUAAACUAUUGUAAUUUUAGAGAAUUUGCCUUUAAGAUAUACAACUCUCAGGUGAAGGUAAACUCACUUAAACUCUCCUGCUGAAUGUGAAGUAUGUUUUAUAAAUGUUUGAGCACAAAAGCACAACCAGUGAAAAAUGAAAAAUUAUAAACUGCCAGCAUAUUAUUAAUACAAAUUUUCCCAAAUAUGCUACAGUGCGUUAUCACUGUCAAUGCUCAAAAAUGUGAGUGUAAGUGUGUGUGUGUGUGUGUGCUUUCAUAUAAAUGUUAACCCUAUGAGAAUCUAUUUUUCCAAAUCUAUACAUUACAUUUUUCAAUUUGUAUAUUCUAUUGUCAGAGGUGUUAAGAAUUAUGUAUUAUGUAUAAAAAACACAAAAUUCAAGGGAUAGCAUACAGUAUAUACUUUCAUCCAAAAACAACCACAUAGUUAUUAUAAAAUAAAGCCUCUUUAGCCAUGUAUAAUGAGUUACACAGAGACAAAUUGAUGAAUAUUUAGCCUUUGCCAGUGCAAAAAUCAACCUCUGACCCACACAUGUGGCCUUAUAUUAUGCAUAAAUCUCUAAGGAAAGAGGACCAGAAUGUAUUUUUGGAAGUGAUUUUCUAAAGAUGUAUUUAUGUCUACAUUUAAAGUUGCAUUUACAUAUAAUUGUGAAAAUACAAAGGAAUAAACUGUUAUGUAUAACAUGUAAUAGUACAUGAAACCUAUAGAAAAUUUAACUUAAAAAAAUAAAAAAUAAAUAAAAUGUAUUUUUUAAGAUUUGCCUAAGCCAUACAUGCAUCAUCCUACAUUAACUGUUGAUUUUUGAAUAAUGUGACAUUUUAUGAUUUCUGUGUUGUUCACCAGUUGUAAAUUAUAUUUCCAUGCACAAUCAUUCUGCAUAGAUAAGAAAGGCAUCAUAUUUCUUAUGCAAAAAUACUAUGUUAUACAACUUUUUAAAAUAGUUUUACAUCUAAUGCAACAGCAAAUCAACAAAUGUACUCUAUGUAUGUGCAUAACAAUAUCUAAUUUAAGAUGACACCUAGGAAUGGUUUGUAAUGAUAAACUGGAAUGUAUGAACCCAAGAGAAAGUUCAGAAUGUGAGAUCUGAGAUUUUGACUCUGAUGUUUAAAUCUUUCCUACUGAAAUCAGUUUGAAUCUCAUUCUACCGAACCUUAAAUAAGUUUGUCGCAUUUAACAAUGUUCAAAUUGUUGAGAUUUACAAAAUGGCAUUUGUUAUACACUAAGAGUGAAAUGUAUGUUCAAAUAAUGCUGUCACUGAUGGUGCUGAAAUUACACAUGUGAUGUUAACCUAUUACUUCAUGUACAUCAAUUGAUAUGCAUUUUGUGUAAUACAUCCUUAUUGUGUUAUGCUUAUAAUAAACAGUUUUCUUUGUGCUAUGGCAUAGAGCGAAACCAUUAAACACAUUGUCAGAUCGUU